AACCUUAAUACUGGAUUCUGCAUUUUGGUGUGCUAAUUUGAUUCCAUUUGUGAUUUGUUUCCAGUAUCUACAUAAAUAACUAUUUAUAGUUAUUUAUUGCAUAUUAUUUUUUGAUAGUUGAGCAAUUAAACAUAUUGUUUGCUCCUGAUUAUUCUUUUAUCAUUGAUAUUUUCUUGAAGAAUUGAAGUAAUAACGUGAAGUAUUUCAAAGCCAAAUAAGCCAUGACUUUUUAUCACUUGGGAAACUGUUUGUUUUUGGCUUAUGGUCCUUACUUUCUCACCUAUAAAUACUUUGAACUGUCUGAGUAUGGAGCUUUCUGGAAGUGUGUUCAAGUGGGAGGAAUGUACCUGCUCACUCAGCUCUGCAAGAUGUUGUUGCUUGCAACAUUCUUUCCUGCAGACUUACCUUCACCUGCAGGAAUUUCAUUGUUGACUGAAAUCUUCAAAUCUACAAUGGAUUUUGGUGACCUUUUUGCCAUCAGUUUAGUGCUUAGAAAAAUAUCAGCAUCUGGACCCAUUAAGGUGCUGAUUGCAGGUCUAGGGUGGUCCACUGCUGAUAUGGUGCUCACAAGGGUUCUGCCUUUAUGGGUGGGCGCCCGAGGCCUCCAGUUUGAUUGGAAAUACAUCAUCAUGAGCCUGGAAGCCAAUGUUGUCAUGGUCCACCACCUGGCAGUGACAGCCUUGGUGUAUCUGUGGUCGCGCACUGACAGCAGUUCACCACACCGACCACUGCUGGCACUACUUGCAGUGUGCAGCGUCUACUGCCCACUACUGCCCGCCAUCUACACUGCCGUGUUGGCAGGCUCAGCACCCACAGCCUUCAAUAUGCUCCUCGCCUCCUCCGUGCCCUCACUCUUGCUCUCGGCUGCAUCCCUCACUCUCCUAGUGCAGCAGUGUCCUUCAUAAAGACAUUGUACCAUAUCGUCAUAAAAAACUUGUCUUGAAUCUUGUACCAUAUUGUUGUGCAAGGCUUAGCUUUCUGUAGAGUUUUGUUUCGCGUAUCUUCAAACGUUCUCUUGUGAAAAUUAAUCUUGAAUAACGUUAAUAAAAUUUCGGGUUUAUUACCUCUCGUACAGCUUUGAUCAUUUUAGCUUAUAUUGUUUUGUUGAAACUAGAAUGCUCAUGUAAGAUUUUAUUAAAAUUGAAGUCAACAACACAUCUUUCCCCCCCUCGUUGCCAACCUCACUGCAGUAAAUGCACUUUGUAUCGCUGCAGUAUAUGUACAUUAUAACAUCGCUUCGGAUGGUAACUUAAUUUUAAGAAACCUGGCAUGUAUUACAAUUGUGUAUUUCAUUAUUUCAACUUAGUCUCUCAAUCUUCUUGUUAAAUUAUAUGUCAACUUGUGUAAAUUUUCUUAUAUAUUUAUGGUACUAGUUAUCCGAGGAACUUCUUUCGCAUCAUUUAUUUUCUGCACUCGUCAUUCCAGAUAAGUUUUAGCAAGGAUUUUUUCAUCUGUUUCUUUUCUGGGGAUACACAUACUAUUUAGCUUGAAUAUGAAUGACUUGAUGAAUAUCGCUGUGAAAAUCAUCUUCAUAAUUGUAGAGGAAGGACAACAGGUUUAUAAUGAAAAAUUUGAAUUUAAA